UUAUAAGGCGGCUAUGAGGAGGACCCACCCCUUCAGUGGUCAACAAAACAAUCUCCACCCCAUUCUCAUCUGAUUCUGUGAUCCUUCUACCCACCUUCCCUACUCUUACAUUUGUGUAUAUAUAUUGCACAACUACCACACAUACCUUUUGCUAGUAACCCAUAAGAGAGAAACAAGGUUGGAAGAAGAUGGAAGUGGUGGUGGUACAUAGUCCCAUUGGGACUCCCACAAAGGAUCAUUUCGAUUUCAACGGGGCAAGGAUUUCACCCUAUCUGAGCGCUCCUUCUUCACCGAAGCGUUUUGGGGAAUUUUACUUAAGUGCUCCCACCAGCCCAUCAAGGGAUGAUGAUGAUGAUGGUAAAGAUGAUUUCGCGUUCUUUGUUAGUCGUGAAUCAGAGAAAUCGUCUCGUUCGGCGGAAGAGCUCUUCGAUGGUGGCAAGAUCAAGCCUUUGAAGGAGGAGGAGUUGUCGGAAUGUGCUAGAAGCCCACUUCUAUCUCCGACCCGACCCAAAAGAUCUCCGAUAGCACAAGGGAAGAAGGUGAUUCGCGAAGCAUUCUCACCCAGAAAGAAGAAAGAGUCCUCCGGUGACUCUUCUGGAUCCAUGGAAGAGAGAAGAGGGAGAGAUAGGACUCCAGCAGCAUCUGUGAUUUCUUCAUCGAAUUCGGGUCGUAGAGUCACGCGAUCACACUCUCCUUACAGAAUAUCCCACCACACAUGGGACGAAGAACCACACCAACCCCAUACCAACAAAGAGGAUUCCAUUUCCAGUUCCACCACAGCUUCUUCUUCUUCUUCUUCCAAGAGUUCCAGAAAAUGGAGAUUGAGGGACUUCUUAUUGUUUCGUAGCGCCUCCGAAGGAAGAGGUUCCAGCAAAGACCCAUUCAGGAAGUUCCCUGUUUUGUACAAGAAACCUGAAGAAGGAAAAGCUUCAACCUUUAGAUCCGUUGAUAACCCCAUCCCAAGGUCGAGAAGAAAGGAACCCGUUUCUGCACAUGAAUUGCACUACGCAAGGAAGAAAGCCGAAUCAGAGGAUUUAAAGAAGAGAACUUUCUUACCAUACAAACAAGGAAUUUUGGGCAGGUGGGCUGGUUUCACAAGAUGAUGCCUCUGUUCUUCUCAUUCAAAUUCAAGGACGCCAAACUCAAAACAAUUCUUUCUUUCUCUUUUAUUUUAUUUUUUACCAAAAUGUUGAGAAUUUCUUAUAUCAAUAAUCAAUUCUUCUAUGGACGAGUAACUGAAAUCAUGGCAAUUGUUAAUUCUUCACAAUUAAGUUCAUAGCUUGAUUAUUCUUCAUGUGUAUGUAUAUUCU